GUUACAGGAUGUUAUGGUGUGUAUACGUUACUGUUAAAGAUAAGUAGGGUUUUUUUUCUGUUUUUUUUUUUUUAAGGUCGUGUUAACGGAUGUUGAGUGAAGUGAUCCAUUAAUGUGUCUUUGAAGUCGUGCUAAACAGGAUCUGAAAAUUAUAUUCUACCAGCACCUUUGUGUGACACUGGCUAUCUACAGAAAGUCAUCCACUAUCUCGAUACUUUUUCUAAAACACUUGAAAAAUACUCAAGGCUAUCAGCGAAGUAAUUGCCGUGAUGAAUUAAACGUUUUGCUAGUCCCAACUUAUGGUUCAAGCAACCAUUGACGUUUGUUUCUACCGGCAUAGAUCACUUCGUGUUAUUACGUCAUAAUCGUUUGAGAGAAGUUUCAGUCUCGAAUCGCAAUCCCUCAACUACUUAUUUUGCACAUUGGAUAACCGAGCUACUGUUGAGUUGUCAUUAGCAGCCAACUGUAAAAUGGGAGCCAUUCUAGCUAUACCCAUUGCAUUUUUUGCUUAUCACUUGUUGACAACAGAGGACCUACCACCCCUGUACGGAGUCUACAGCUUACCAGAUAGAUACUUCUGGUUGAAGAAGGCAGUAGCUCUUCUCUACCUAAAAAUGAGGAGAUGUGUAUAUAGAAGGAGAUUUGACCUGUACGACAUGAGUGAUUUGAUGGACCUUGUAAAGACUGGAUAUAUACCACCAGCAGAAGAGAAAAUUUUGGAGGCACCACGACCAACACACCAGUUAACUACAACCUCGGAUGAACUCUUUUUCUAUGGAGUGAAGUCCACAGGAGAAUGUCUGGUUGUAAAAAUAUCUAGAUUACAACAUAAGAUAGCAGAAGUUAUGGUGUUACUACGGACAAGUAAAGGUAACCAUUACAGCUACCCAGAAGGGCCAGUAUGUCAGGUCUUCACUGGAGAUAGUGAUGGCUUCAGUGGAGGAGGACUGAAAAUAAAAUGCAUGAGUGCCAUGAGAAAAUGGAGGAUUUCUUUUAAUGGCCUUUUAAGAGAGACCUGUCAAAAGUCAGAAAAAUCUAGAUUGGUUCAUGUAAAAAUCAGUUUCAUUUGGUCAGCAAUAUCCACUGUUCAAGAUAUGACCAGUGACAUUAACCAGAGUCAUUUAGCUGAGGCAUUAUCAAAAGAGUCAUGGUGUAAGAAUCUACCAGAUAUCAAUAAAUUAGAGAAAGCCCUAAAUAUGUAUGAACAAGGAGGACAGCUGUUAGGCACUGUUACCAUUGAAGGUUUAGAAGAAGAAUAUAUCUUAUGGGGUACACGAAGACGAUGUUUAAGCGAAUUUGUUGAAUUUCAUCGUAGUGCUGACUUCUUUGCUUUCACCAAAAAUGGCAAUAUUUUUCAUAUUGGUGCUGUAUCAUUACCAGGAAUUGUAACAAACCUUGUUUAUGGACACUACAUCCACUCGAAUGGCAUGAUGUAUACCACUGAGUCCUGUGACUUCAUGCUUCCCCAAAUGGGAGAAAAUAAAAAAAUACCUUCUUCCGCGAGAUUUAUUUUUAUAGCGGGUGGAAAGACCUUUGAGUGUCUUGUGAAUAUGAAAGAACAUUUGUGUAAUUUUAUCAGUGGCCACGUAGAGCAACACUUCAAAUAUUCCUCUGUUAUUCUGAAUGGAGAUGUUGGUUGUGGGAUUUGUGUAUUUGCAUAUAAAACUUCCAAAUAUCCUGUGGUAGCUGUUCCUACUUCAAUAAAUAUAUUUCACAAAGAUGAGUCAGAGAAGCUGAACUCACUAGUGGUAGACUUUGAUCAUCCUGAUUGUCAAAUGAUAGAUCUUGCUGGAGGAAAAGGUUCCUCUCUGGGUAAGUUAACUGCAAUUUCUCAUCAAUUGCAUUCUUUUCAUGUCCCAAAAGGGGUUGUUAUCACCACUUCAGCGUAUAAUGAAUUUAUAAGAAAGGGAUGGUUACAUGAAACAAUGACUUCUUUACAGGAGGUGGCUUGGGGCCAUGUUGAAGGUAAUUUAAAGGAUAUUUGUGAACAGGUUGUGACAGCUGUCAGUAAAACCAGAAUCCCCAAAGAAGUAUCUGAAACAAUACAGAAUAAAAUGCAGAUGAUCUUUGGAAGUGAGUUUCACAAUCUUAGGUUUGCUGUGAGAUCUUCAGCAAUACGAGAGGAUUCAGAUGAUAUGUCAGCAGCUGGGCAGAAUGAAACUUUUUUAGGAGUGAAAGGACUCCAAAAUAUUUUUGAAACUGUAUCAAAAUGCUGGGCCUCUCAGUUUUCAUUUGUUGCUAUCGAGUAUAAACGAUGUAACGGUCAAUUGUUAAACUCUCCCAUGGCAGUAGUCAUCCAGGAAAUGGUUCCUGCUGAUGUUGCAGGGGUCAUGUUUACUUGUGAUCCAGUAACUGCUAACCCAGCUGUUAUCACGAUCACAGCUAACUAUGGACUUGGAGAAACAGUUGUCUCUGCUGCAGUUGAACCAGACACUAUCUUGUUGGAUCGUGACUAUACCAACAAGCUAACAUACCAGUCUGUCAGUAUCGGUAAGAAGAAUAUAUGUGCUAAAGUAAACUCUGAUGGUGAGAUACAGCAGACAGCACCAACCAAUGAUCCUUCUCAACCUUGUUUGUCUGAGUCUCUAGCUUUAGCAAUAGGGCAGACUGGUAUCUUGAUUGAGGAAUAUUUUGGUAGUCUCAGAGACAUAGAAUGGGCAGUAGUGAAAGAAUUCAUCUACAUUCUUCAGGCUAGACCUGUGACAUCAGCUGAUGCAGAGACAGAAUUUGAGAUUAUUCACCAAUUUGAUACACCUUUACAUAGCGAAAAUGAAUUUCUCUGCAAAGUUAAUUUUGGUGAGGUUAUGCCAGGUGCUACUACCCCUCUGGGGCUCAUAAUGAAUUAUAACGUAUUUGAGACAGUGGGUAAAAAGAUAUUUUUGGAACUUGGAUUUCCAUCUGAAAGAUUUUCCCCUUACUCUUCCAUGAACUUUUCCUGCAAGUUCAACCAUGUAUUUCACAACAUGGUGAAUGACCCAUUUCUAGGUGGAGAAGGCAAGCUAAGUGCUGGUUAUGAGAUUGCCUUCUAUGGGCGACAUUUGAGAGAUAAAGAAUUAGCUGAUCGAAUUAAAGAUCGAUACAUUAUCAUGGACAUGUCUUUACCUGUCAAGUUAAAGCAACUUUCGUUCAUGAUCAAGAGUUUUUUACAAGCAAGCAAAAAUCUUAAACAGGCACAGAAGACGUAUGCAAAUUAUUUUAUUCCAUUAAACUGUGAAGAAUCUGAUACAAUGUACAAAAUUAUUAGUAAAAAUUUUGUUUAUCUCCCAUCAACCCCACUUGCUUGCCAUGGUAGUUGUAGUAUAUCGUCCUUGCUGUGGAACUCAAUGCUCUUAAACUUGUUGGCAUCAGCAGAAAAGGAGUGGAAUGCUAAAGUGUUUUCAGACUUUGGAUACCUUUUAUCAACUUGCACAAAUGUUGAAAGUGCUGAUGUUCCUGAUUCUCUAGAGAAACUUGCUCUAGAAAUUAGCAAAGAAAUUGACAAGGAAGAGUUUAAAAAUAUGACAACAGAGUAUGCAACAAGAUUUCUAAAGGUCAGCCAGUCUUCAGCUGGACAGUCUUUCAGAAAAUUUUUACAUAAACAUGGCCACAGAGGAGCAAAGGAGUUUGAUGUUGGCUCUGUUCUUUGGGGAGUGAAUCCAAGACCUGUUGUAAAAACUCUUCAGAGUCUUGUAGGAUCAGUCUCUUAUAAUGUUAAAGAGAAAGUGGAAGUCACUGUAGAAGAAGCAAUAUCAAAUCUUCAAGUUUCAUUGUCUUGGUGGCAAAAGUUGUUGUUAAGGUUUCUAUUACCACGAGUGAGAAAAGGAGUUCAACAGAGAGAAUCAUCUAAAUCCCUUCUUAUGAAGAUGUAUAACAUCAUACGUUGUGCAUACUGUUAUUUGUCAAUACUGAUGGUGAAAGAAGGGCGACUACCUGAUGCAAGUCUGCUGUUCUUUUUGACUCAUGAAGAAAUUGGAGAAUUGCUUCAGACAAGAUCAUCACGAUUAAUUACAAAAGCAGUUCGUCGAAAAAGGGUCCAUCCACAGUUAGAUGCUCUCUGUUUCCCUGAAAUAAGUCGGGGAAUAACAAAACCUGUGAAUCAAACAAGCAGACAGGAACAAAAUUCUUCCAGUGCUUACUUGUCAGGUACACCAGCCAGCAAAGGAAUUGCUCGAGGACCAAUUAGAAUAGUGACUUCUUUAGAGCAAGCUGAAGAAAUCCAAGCAGGAGAUAUUUUAGUAACCUACAGUACUGAUAUUGGAUGGAGUCCAUAUUUUCCCUUAUUGUCUGGAAUUGCUACUGAGUUAGGAGGUUUGAUUUCACAUGGUGUUGUUGUUGCUCGAGAAUAUGGCAUACCUUGUGUGGUGGGGCUUCAUGGAGCUACAAGUUAUUUCAAAUCUGGGGAGAUGGCUCAACUUGAUGGAAAUGUGGGAAGAUUACAAAUAAUUAUUAGUUAACCCCACUAUCUUGAAACUAAUCUUUCACUUAGUUACUUUAACAUUUUUGGUAACAGCAGGAAUUGAACUAAAUUGCUAACAUAGCCUUGUAAAAGCUAAUUAAAAACUUUUGUAAUUGUGAAUCAUUAAGAAUUUAAUAUCAACCAUGUUGACUCAAAAAAAAUAAUUUAUUUCUGUAUUUACUAAACUCAAUUGUGAGUUAAAAUGCAAUAAAAAAUGAAGAAACUUACAAAUUAAAUAAAGAUAUUUUUGUAGAAUAAUUUGUAUUGAAUAUAAAUUUUUUAUCUUGUUGUGUGUAAUGUUGUAAGUACAUUGUUAUUUUUAGUUCAAAUGAAGUGUAAAAGUGAUUUUUGUUAAAGGAAUCACUACAUGUUGAUCAAUUUUUAACAGUUUAUAUGAUGUAGCAAUGAUUUUGUAAAAAUAUACUUACAGUGUGUUUAUUGUUGGUUUUUAGUCAUCUUUGUCAAUUAUAACG